CCAUUGUAACACUGCGAGAAGUGUGUUAAGAGUUAUGAGGAAGUGUAGCGUGAGUGAGGGAAUGAGUGUAGCGUGCGGUAUGUGUACCUGUGUUGUGGGCGGGGCGUGUCAGCGUGUGGGCGGGGCCAGGCGCAGGAGGGUGCCGGGGGCGGCGGGCGCGGCGGGUCAGUAUGAGGGACGCCGCGGCCCCAUGAACACCACCAACAUGGUGUACGGGGUGUGCAACGCCGAAUCCGGCUAUCACAGCCAGCCCUACUGCAGCGAGCUGCAGCACUACUACGGCCAGUGUCAGAGCCAUGAGGCGGUCCAGGGCCAGACCUACAUUCCGCCCGCCCUCACGCCCACAGACCACCACCGGCCGCAGCACACAAGUCUUCAGGACGCUCAUGUCCCCUCCUCCUACACCAACCUGGAUGACUACAGCAGCGUGUGCUACCCGGGACACGCCGCGAGUGGUAUGGCGGGCACGCAGCACCAUGUCUCGCAAAGCUACGACUACACGAGCGCUGUGCAGGCGGCGGCUGUGGCGGGCGGCGUGGGCGGCCAGACGGGCGUCAUGUCUCCGGCGGGUGCGGGAGGCUACCCGGGCUACUUGGAUCCCGCAGCACAAUACCGACACAUGAGCAUGGGACUGUACGCCCACCACGAGGGCGUGAGGGAUGCCUGUGGGGUGGGCGGCAUGAUGACCGGAUCGCCACACGCGCUCCCCCAUCACCAGCCACAGCAGUCCGUGCCCACGUACAAGUGGAUGCAGGUCAAGAGGAAUGUACCCAAGCCAGCGCCCAAGACUGACUAUGGGGGCUUUGGGGGCGGCACAGGACGCACCAACUUCACCACCAAACAGCUGACGGAGCUCGAGAAGGAGUUCCACUUCAACAAGUACCUGACUCGCGCCAGGCGGAUCGAGAUUGCCUCAGCGCUGCAGCUCAACGAGACGCAGGUCAAAAUUUGGUUCCAGAAUCGACGAAUGAAGCAAAAAAAGAGAAUGAAGGAAGGACUCAUUGCUCCCGAACCCCCGACUGUUUCAACCCCGAACGAGAACAGCAACGACUCAGACUCCACAGCCACGACGGGUGGCAGCACGGGCGGCGGCUCCGGUGGUGGCGCAUCCGGCGGCGGAAAUGGCGCAGCGAGUGGCGGCGUCACCACUAAGUCAGAGUCGCCGGUGUCAGGAGGUGGCAGCGACUCUCAGCCCUUACAAGUUCCCACUUCGACCAGCAAAUCCAAGACGCAAGCGCUGCCCGCCACGACCCAAAGCCCCUCGUAAGGGUAAGGCCUGGGCCUCGGUGCCCGUCAGAGCUUUAACUUGGGUUGUGACCUGGGCGGCCUCGAGCAGGGAAGACUUCCGGCCGUCUACAGUUCUUCGCGAGUGCCGGGCUCCCCCAACGGUCUCAGGGUCCUCUUAUCAUCCCUUGCCGCAGUAGGGCCCCGGUGAGGAGCAGCAUCCGCCAGCCAGCGACGCCCACAGCGAGGUCAUCGCCGCCAGCAGUCUGCCACGCCACCCGGCCCUCCUUCCUCGUGAUAUUACAGGAAGCAUCUUGAACGUGCCUCCACCAUUGCGGCUAUACACAAGUGUGUGAUGAAAAAAAUAGACUUUAUCCAUAUCUGCUUUUAUUAAGUGCACGAGACAUUCAGUAUAGGUAGUGAGAGGUGUGCAGAGGGACCCGGAGUGAGAGGACACUUUGAAGGGACCUCUUUGGAAAUUAAUAAUUCCAGAAGAGGAGGGCAGCAGGAUCCCGCCUGGCGACGGCACGGUGGUGGCUGUUAUCAGCUUCUUGCUCAGGGAACUGUCACUUGGUGCAGUAGCCUUCAUAUUAACUAUAUUCCCGCUGCUACUGGAGCGGUGCUGUCGGGCUGUCGGUCACUCUCAUGCUGUUCCAACCCGUGUGAGCUGUCGUCUUCUCUCCUCCUUAGCCAUACUGUGCAAUAUUUCACACACCGGAGCAUGAUUGGCUGUCACAACUCAUGAGAAGGGGAGAGAAGUUUCAUCGUGCGGUGGCAGCAGUAGUAAUUCGAGUGUUAUGUACAGUUCUGUACACAAUCAAGGACAUGAAAUAUAAAUACUUAUAUAUAUUUAAAUUUAUAUUUUUCUGAUACUCGUAUACUAUAAAACACAUUGUAAAAAUAUCAUUGUCACAUUAUGCCUUCGCAUGUGAACCUCUUAUACGCAGGUUUCCCAUUUCAUAUCGCCUCAUUAGUGUGGACUCCCUGUGGCACUGACGGAUGCAUGCCCAUUACUUCACGGUAGGUUCACCUUAGUCUCGGCGGGGCUGGGGGAAGGUGCAUGCCUUCCUGCAGACCGCACACCCGGCCCCGCCCCGCACCGCCUCGCCCGCCGCCGGCCCAGGGACGGGGUGGCGGCGGGGCCAGACUCAACUCAACCGCACCUGGAAGUUCCCACAUCAACCAGAGAAGUUUCCUGAGACAAACUUCUUUGAUGAGAUUGUUGUUGAUUUUCCUACUUACAAGUAAACUACAAUAAAACGGUACUGGGGCUUUUGGAGCAAACUGGACCAUAGGUGCAAAAUUUGUUCUAACAGACGCGCGCUUCACGUUACUAACAACUGGAAUAAAUCUGUACAAAAAAGUAGCAUUUUUUUUUAAGCAAUGGGACUGUGGACAACAGAAGUGAAGAACCGAAACAACACAGUGUUCUUGGGCGUCCGGGAGCUGAGACACUAUUUUUGUAAUCACAAGGAUUCUUUCCAUUCCUUCCUUCCUCCUCCUGCGAAUGUGCCUCCUUCAUUAGAAACAUUCCACACGCUGACUCUCCUCCUCGUCCUCCUCCUCCUCCUCCUCCUCCUCCUCCUCCUCCUCCUCCUCCUCCUCCUCCUCCUCCUCCUCCUGGCGCCCCACCAGUCGUCAAGGUACCAGCAGCUUGGUGCAGGAGUCCCAAGCCGCUCCUCCUCGGCGAUAAUGUUCUCAAAUUAUUAUUUUUUUUUUUUCCGAAUUGGGAAGAAGACAUUUCAUUUUCAUAAUUUAUAUAUUGAACGUCUUUAUUUUUGCUAUGUGAUGAGUGAAUGUCAGUGCGUAAUCGCGUGUGUGUGUAUGAGGACUUGUGUAUAUUUUGUAUAAAGCGUCUAUUGGUAAGAUUCUAAUAUAUGAAAUUUAUAAAGAAAAAUUAAUAAACAUGAAAAAAACCCAUUGUGCUUUAAACCGACGCUGCCAGACGCCCACCCUCUCCCUCCCCCAUUCCUCGUUUCUCUCUCUCUCUCUCUCUCUCUCUCUCUCUCUCUCUCUCUCUCUCUCUCUCUCUCUCUCUCUCUCUCUCUCUCUCAUAAAUCCGUAGAGAUCGCCUCCUUCCGUCCCUCCCCCUCCUCCUCCUCCUCCUCCUCCUCCUCCUCCUGGUCCUGCAGGGUGCCACUCCCCGCUGUACAUACAAGCUGGAGGCCGUGACCUGACCCUCCCUCCAGCGGGUCGUCGCGUACACACCAGCGCCGCAGCAGCUGUGUACCUCCCGAUAUUUUUAUCACCACUGUCCUCCUCACUCAUAUCAGUGUAAAUUAUAACUCUGGAAUGAUGAGCUUUUCAAUAAAGUAAAUAUUGACUAA